UUAUAUCAAUUCAUAACAUCUGCAUAAGAAUGCAGUUUUACAAGUUUUCAUUUUUGCACUUUUUCUAUUAUUGUGUAAGUGAAAAGUACCCUACACUAUGCACUUAGUUUUCACUUUCAAAUGAGGUUUGUUUGUUUUACAAUCGUUGCUCUUCAUUUUGUGUUACCCCAUAUGUUAUAAUUUUGUAUUGCAUUGCAGAUGUUAUUACAUCUUUUUCCAACUAACUUUAGUUAAUCAAACUAUAUUUGUCUUGAGGGUAACGUUGCUGUAAUUGGUAGCUUGUAUGCUCUCAGAGCAGCUUCCCAACACUGCCUGUGCAUCACUCAGACUGUCUGAGUUUGGAGUGAAUGUGAGUCAAAACUCAGACUAAACUCCAACUAAACUGUGAGACCAAACCUCCCGCCUGUCUGUAAGGAGUUUCUUCCAGCUGCAGUGUACGUGCCGGAGCUCUUGUCCCGGCCCGGCCUGUCCUGACCGGAUGGAAAGUAGCAGUUUCCCUCGCACAGGGAGGGACCGAGCCGAGCACGAGCAGGCGGAGUGAAAGUGCACACGUGGACUCCUGAGAUUGACGUGGACUUCAGCCAAUUACAGCACGAACCAAUGACGCCAGCUCACCUCAGUCAUCCAAUGGCUUCAUUUUUAAGGAAACUAAAAGCCUAAACUGUUUAGAGUCGGAAAAAAUUAGGGGGAAAAAAAGGUUGUGAAACGGGUCUGGUUUGGAGGCUGCGGGGAGUCAGGGCCGGAUGAGACAGCUGAUGUUUACUUCAUGUCUUGCUGAGAAACAAGAGAAGAAAUAUCUCUUCUUAGCUACUGGAGAAUGGUUUAUGUGAUGGGAAAAUGAGGAUGCUUUGAUUUUUCUGGUUGAACAUACUUCCAGCAACUUUUCAUUUCCAGAAACAAAUCUGCUUGGGUGUUGUGAGUCAUGGGGAGUUUCAAGGGUCAUGCGCUCCCUGGAAGCUUCUUCCUAGUAGCGGGGCUCUGGUGGACUGGAAAGUACUCGCUCUGGCACGCCACCCGCAGGAACAAGAAUAUAGGUUCCACUCGGCUGGCCAGCAGAGCAUCCCAGCGCCGCCUGGAGAUCAUUGAAAGCUCUGUCAUACUCUUCUUCUCUUUUGUUGGGAUGCUAUUGGAGCAAUUCGCAGCAGAUGGACCAAGAUUGCAGCUGUAUGACUUUGAAGAGAAACACUGGGAAGAUCUGAUGAACUGGCAGCACGCCACCAUGUACCUGUUCUUUGGCCUAGCAGGGACUGUGUCCCUGGUCAUCCACACCACAGAGGCUGCUCCGCUAGCACUGGAUAGGUUAAUGUUGGCUAUUUCUUUCUUUAAUGAAGGAUUUCUUUUCCUGUACCACCUGCAUGGCAGGAGUAUGCUGGACGUCCACGUGCAUCAGCUCCUCCUCUAUGCCGUCUUUGGUGAGGCUCUCGUUGCCUUCCUGGAGGUCUUCCACCGAGGCAACAUCAUUCUGGAGCUGCUGCGCUGCACCCUCACUCUCCUGCAGGGAAGCUGGUUCUGGCAGAUUGGUUUUGUGCUGUACCCUCCACGCGGCCCUGAGUGGGACAUGAAGGACCACAACAACAUGAUGUUCAUCACCAUGUGCUACUCCUGGCACCUCGCCUUCGCUAUGCUCGUCGUGAGCGUGCUCUAUUGCACGGUCAGCUGCGUGGUUCGCUCCAGAUUGAAGAGGACUCCUCCGAUGGAAAUGGGACUCUUGAAGCCCAGAGACAGGGAUCCAGAGUCAGAAGACGAGAUUUUAUGAAGACGACUGUUGUUCACUUACAUUCAAAUCAGGGAUAUGAUGUGUGCGGUUCCAGCAGCAGUACAAGCCACACAGACACACAAGGGAUAAGGACACAGUUUCUGGAUGCUUUAUUUGAGAAAUAUAUCUCUACCUCUGCUUUAUUUAAUCAGCUGUAAACUCCCUUUAGCCCCACUCUCAUUGUUCAAUGCUAUUUAUUUCACUGUGGCCCAAUACUUUGCGUAUAUUCUGCCAUAAAUUGUUUUACUAUAAUUUGCACAUACAUACAAUAUAAGGGAACAUGAACUCAUAAGGAUACGUUUUUUUAUGGAUUGCAUGCUUUUCAUUUGCCAUAUGGAACUUUUCUUGUCUGAUAUUUUGGUGUUAAGCAGUGCCAUCUUGUGGUGAAAACAAUCAUCAUCAUCAUCACCACAGCAUAUCUGGGCAUGCAGUACUCAAUAGCAUGUCUUUUACUUGCCUUUUUUUGUGACAUAAUGUUGGGAAGUUGAGUUACAUAUGUGUUUAAAUGUUAAGAUUUUGCUAUUUGACCUUAUUACAGUUUGCUAAUUAACCAAACAGCACCAAGAGUAUUUUUGUUGUUGUUGUUUAUGCAUGUCUACAUCUUCUUAUAUGACAAUCGGAAGGAACUUGAUGUUUGUCUGCGAGUUAACAGUCACUUGUCAUGCUCUUCCCAUCAUUUGAAAAGUUGCAGUAAGACUAUGCACAGAAUUUAUGCUUUUGUGAGACACUAUGAAAUAUAUAUGGACAAUUUUUGUAUGUAUGUCAUAUUAUUUCCUCACUACAUGGCAGUAUAUCACAUUAGUACUAAACGAUCACUCAUGCGUCGCAAAGUUAUUCCAUCUAGAGGCAGAAAUAGUAUCAUUAUGGCUCAUAAAUUGUUUAUUUUUAUCAGGACAUUACGUCUCAGGCGUCUGCAAAGAUCGUCUGUGUCGAAGAUGAUUCAUCACUCAGUGGUGAAAAAAGCAGCCCCAUCUCUGUUAGCGUUGGCUGUAACACUGACGAGCACUUUCCUUGAUUACUACAGACAGUCUAUUAUAGUUCACACUUGAAAAGUAACAAUUGGUGGUGGAUUUUGUCCAAAUAGACCUUACAUAUGUAUAUAUUUGAGCACAUUCUGUUUCUUCAGGUUAAAUGUAUUUGAACCUGCAGUGCUUCCCAAUGAUUACACAAAAAUCAAAUGAUAAUAUACUUAAAUAUAUAAGAAAACAUAAGUUUAAAUGCGUCAAUUCUUAAUGUCCAUAAGAUAUUUCAGGUAACUGUCUUCUGUCUAAUGUGUUUAAGUCCUCUUUUCUUCCCCUGGUGAGCUUUAAAAUGUUUGUUUUUUAACCUAACUGAAAAUAAAA